UCUUCUUCUCCCAACAAUUCCCGGAAUUUCCACUAUAUCUCGUCUUCCUUGUUUCUCUCCUCUCUCUCUUCACAAUGGCUCUCAAGGCCGUUCAUGUCUCCGACGUUCCCAAUCUCGAUCAAGUCCCUGAAAAUGCCUCCUUCGCUCUCUACUCCACCCGCUUCUCCAAUGGGGUUGAUGUUGGUAGAGCUGGGUUUAAAAUACCCAAAUUUCUUGUGAUCGGACACAGGGGGAACGGAAUGAAUAUGUUGCAAUCAACAGAUCGGAGAAUGAAGGCCGUUAAGGAGAACUCGAUUCUUUCCUUCAAUACUGCCGCGAAAUAUCCCAUUGAUUUCAUUGAGUUUGACGUUCAGGUGACAAAAGAUGACUGCCCGGUCAUUUUUCACGACAACUUCAUCCUCUCUCAAGAAAAUGGUAGCAUAUUUGAGAAGAGAGUUACAGAAUUGUCUCUAUCAGAAUUUCUCAGCUAUGGUCCCCAAAGAGAAUCCGGAAACUUGGGGAAGCCUUUGCUAAGAAAAACAAACGGCAAGAUUGUGAGCUGGAAUGUUGAAAACGAUGAUGUCUCGUGUACUCUGCAAGAGGCGUUUCACAAGGUGAACGCUUCUGUAGGCUUCAACAUCGAGUUAAAGUUUGAUGACCACAUUGUCUAUCAACAUGACUAUCUCAUCAAUGUUCUCCAAGCCAUCUUGCAGGUGGUGUUUGAACAUGCCAAAGACAGACCCAUCAUCUUUUCAUCCUUCCAACCUGAUGCAGCACUUGAAAUAAAGAAAUUGCAGAGCACCUACCCUGUUUUCUUCCUCACAAACGGAGGAACUGAAAUUUAUUAUGAUGCGAGAAGAAAUUCCUUGGAGGAGGCCUUGAAAUUGUGUUUAGAGGGUGGUUUGCAAGGAAUUGUCUCUGAAGUCAAGGGAAUUUUUAGAAAUCCGGGGGCAGUGCAAAAGAUCAAAGAAUCAAAGCUGUCCCUCCUAACAUAUGGCAAAUUGAAUAAUGUGCCUGAAGCGGUCUACAUGCAACAUCUAAUGGGCGUUGAUGGAGUGAUUGUUGAUUUGGUUCAAGAAAUCACAGAGGCUGUUUCUGACAUGAUCAAGCCAUCUCAGGAGCGUGAAGAUGGGAUAGUAUUGGAUGGGGAGGAGCAAAUACAAGUGGAAGCAAAGCCCCAAUUUUCACAGAGGGAAUUGUCAUUUUUGCUGAAGUUGAUACCAGAAUUGAUACAGCUCUAAUAUAUAGUCACUUAUACAGAGGGAAUUGUCAUUUUUCUGUUUUUUGUAUUUCGAACUUUAAGCAUGGAGGUGUUAGCCACAGUAAAUCCCCUUUCUUGUAAAUAAUUUGGUCGUGUCAUGUAUCUGUUUCUGUAUCUGUAUUGAAUGAAUUUCAUACGGGGUUUGUUCCUCCAUUUAUAUUGCCACAGGGAAUAUCAAUGUAUCAUAGUUCAGUAGACUUAUUUUUCUUCUUUGAUUUGUA